AUGUUGGAGCGUAUGUCUCGGCGUGCCCGCUCCCUCCUCUCCCUCACCCUGACCUCUCUGGCUCUGGCUUUGUCCAUCCUCGCUCUGUGCACGUCCUACUGGUGCGAGGGGACCCAUAAAGUGGUGAAGCCUCUGUGCCUGUCGCCCGUCAAGAUGAAGAACUGUGGACAGAACAACAGCGAGCCUUACACUACAGAGAGUCCAACCCAGAACCCCUACAACCGCACCCUGUCCCCGGCCCGGAAGGAGGAGCUGGCCCGGAUCAAGCAGAGGCAGCUGGCCAACGCCGUGAGCUACAUCUGGGAGACUGGAGAGGACAAGUACGCCUUCAGAUACUUCCACACGGGCUUCUGGGAGAGCUGCGAGAAACUCAAUGAUGGAGAAAAAUGUCGCAGUUUUAUAGAUUUAACUCCCGGAGAUACACAAGGUGUGCUGUGGCUGUCUGUGGUCUCGGAGUUCACCUACAUCGGCCUUUUGGGAAUGGGUUUCUUACUGAUGUGGCUGGAAGUCCUGUGCUCUCAUAAAGAAAUGCACUCACUCAAAAUAAAUGCAUUUGCUGCAAUUUGUACAGUGUUGUCAGGUCUCCUGGGGAUGGUGGCUCAUAUGAUGUACACCACAGUGUUUCAGAUGACCGUCAUUGUGGGACCUAAAGACUGGAGACCUCAGUCUUGGGACUACGGCUGGUCCUUUGCCCUGGCCUGGGUGUCCUUCAGCUGCUGCAUGGGCGCGGCUGUGGUCACUCUGAACUCCUACACCAAAACCAUCAUCGAAAUGCGCCGCCGACAGAGACUUCGCUUGGAGGAGGCCCGAUCUGCAGCGCGUGCCCCGGCCUACGACGAAGUGGUGCCAGGGGGCGGGCUCUACUCUGUCAGUGGCCUCUUACAGUGCCCGGAUGGGAUGAUGGACGUGGCCUGGGCGCCCAAUGGGAAUGCGGUGGGAGUGGAAAAUGGUGAUGUCCCUACGCUGGUCUUAGUGGGAGGAUGUGGACCUGAAGGCUGUGAGGACUGUGAGAGAGAGAUGGACGAAAUGGAAGGUGCAAUGGAGCGAAUUGACUCUCCCUGUUAA